GCGAGCUGGUUGUUGCGAAACGCAAGCGCGAUGACUUGAUUGCCGACCUCAAAGGAAAGGGCUUCAAGCCCUACAAUCAGAUUUUUGGACGAAGUCGGUUUGCAGAGGAGGAUGAAGAGCCAAGUGGCCUGCACUCAGCAAAAGAGGGCAAGGAACCCAAGAGCGGCUUUGACUACUUGCUCGGCAUGCCGAUUUGGUCCCUGACAUGGGAACGCGUGGAGGAUCUCAGGAAACAGCUCAAAGAGAAGACCACGGAGUUGACCGAUUUACAAAAUACAACUCCCGAGGCCUUGUGGGAAAGAGACUUGGACGUGGUCCUGUCCGAGCUUGAUCGAAUGGAUGAAGAGGAGGAGGAGAUGAAGAAAGAAGAGGGUCGACUCAGGUCUGGCAAGAAGACCAAGCCUACAAGGGCACCCAAAACAAAGGCCGCAAAAGGCAAAGCGAAGGAUGAUGGGGAAGAUGCUCCCAUGGAACCAGAUGAAGAAGAAGAUGACGAAGAGGAGCUUCCCGCCCCAAAAAAGCAAAAAGGGGAAGAGAGCAGCACUGAGCUCUUGGCACGUCUCAAGGAGCGACAAAAGCAGAGGGCUUCGCUUUUGCGCUGAUGGGGCAGAGCUGACAGCCAUGGCUUUCGACCCAUGGAAUCGCAAGCUUUGAUGGUAUGGUCAUUAUGUCAUUAUGGUCGGGAGAAAAUCCUCUUGGAAGAUUUGUGAGUGAUGUUCGAAUUCUCUUCGGAUCACUCAAAAGACCUUG